UUUUGGUUUCUUUCUCGCUUUUGGUCAUUUCUCUCGCCUUUUCUCACUCUAUUCUCUCGGUUUCUGGAGUAGGUUUUGGGCUGUAAAACCUUUUUUGCAUCUUUUCCUCUCUUCUUUUUUCGGUGAACUUCAAGGCGGUGUUGUUGCAGGGGUUUUUAACUCCAAUGCCUGCCAUUUGAUAUUUUUCCUCGAGAUUGUUCUCCGGUUCCUUUGUUUUCUUCUUUAGGUGUCUGAGUUUCUGUUUGCAUUUCAGUCUUUCCUUCUCUCUACUCUGGUAAACUUUUAGCUUUAAGUUGGUUUAUGUAGGAGUGGUAACUGACAAGAGAAUGAGAUUUAUGGGUGCUAUCUAUUUGCCUUUCUCUGUUGGCCUCUGAGAGAUUUGGGCUUUGGGUUGUCUUGAUAUUUAGCUUUUGUAGUGUGUGGAGGUUGAUUGCUCGUUAUUUCUAGAGGAAGAGAAGAAGAAAGGGAGGAGGAGAAAUCAUGGCUGGAGGUGGUGGUGGAGGAGCGGCGCCGCCGCCGAAACAGGAUGAGUUGCAUCCACAUCCGGUGAAGGAUCAGCUGCCGAAUAUUUCUUACUGUAUCACAAGUCCGCCUCCGUGGCCCGAAGCCAUCCUCCUUGGUUUCCAACAUUACCUUGUUAUGCUGGGCACAACAGUUAUCAUUCCCACUGCUCUUGUUCCGCAGAUGGGUGGAGGAAAUGAGGAGAAAGCAAAGGUGAUUCAGACACUGCUUUUUGUUGCUGGUUUGAACACACUUGCCCAAACAUUGUUUGGGACCCGAUUACCUGCUGUCAUUGGGGGAUCUUAUACCUUUGUGGUACCGACCAUUUCAAUAAUUUUGGCAGGUCGAUAUAGUGGUAUUGUGGACCCCCAUGAGAAAUUUGAGCGGAUCAUGAGGGGAAUCCAAGGGGCCCUUAUUGUUGCAUCAACACUUCAGAUUGUUAUUGGUUUCAGUGGUCUUUGGCGUAAUAUCACAAGGUUCAUAAGUCCACUUUCAGCUGUACCCUUGGUAGCUUUAGCUGGAUUUGGUCUCUACGAGCUUGGUUUUCCUGGGGUUGCUAAAUGUGUGGAGAUUGGUCUGCCACAACUCAUCCUGCUAGUAGUAUUCUCACAGUAUAUACCCCAUGUGAUUCGCACGAGGCAUGUUUUCGAUCGCUUUGCUGUUAUUUUCUCAGUUAUAAUUGUGUGGGUGUACGCUCACCUCCUCACUGUAGGUGGGGCCUAUAAGAAUGCACCACCAAAGACUCAAUCUAGUUGUCGCACUGAUCGUUCAGGGCUUGUGGAAUCUGCUCCAUGGAUAAGAGUUCCAUACCCAUUCCAGUGGGGAGCACCUACAUUUGAUGCAGGAGAAGCAUUUGCCAUGAUGAUGGCUUCAUUUGUGGCCCUUGUCGAGUCAACUGGUACUUUCAUUGCAGUGUCAAGGUAUGCAAGUGCAACUCCUUUACCACCUUCUAUUCUCAGCCGUGGAGUUGGUUGGCAGGGCGUUGGAAUUCUCUUCUCUGGCAUAUUUGGAACUGUAAAUGGAUCUUCUGUGUCUCCUGAGAAUGCUGGUUUGUUAGCUUUGACACGUGUUGGUAGCAGAAGGGUGAUCCAAAUAUCGGCUGGAUUUAUGCUAUUCUUUUCAGUGCUUGGAAAAUUUGGAGCAGUGUUUGCUUCAAUUCCUGCACCAAUCAUUGCAGCCUUCUAUUGUGUGUUCUUUGCUUAUGCGGGUUCAGUAGGUUUAAGCUUCCUGCAGUUCUGCAAUCUCAACAGCUUUAGAACGAAGUUCAUAUUAGGUUUUUCUGUUUUCUUGGGUUUGUCGGUGCCUCAAUACUUCAACGAGUACACAGCAGUAAAUGGUUAUGGCCCAGUUCACACAGGAGCUAGAUGGUUCAACGACAUGAUUAAUGUGCCCUUCUCAUCGGAAGCAUUUGUAGCGGGGUUGUUGGCAUUGUUCUUGGACAUCACAAUGCACAAGGACAGUUCAACCAGGAAGGACAGGGGGUUGCAUUGGUGGGACAAAUUCCGGUCCUUCAAGACGGAUACAAGAAGUGAGGAAUUCUAUUCCCUGCCCUUUAACCUCAAUAAGUUCUUCCCAUCAGUGUGAUCUCUGGGACUGGUGAAUGGGUGAUUGGUCCUCAGUUCUGAAUUGGUGUAAUCAAGUAAUGCUCGCCACCUCACCUCGCCCAAUAUCUCUAUUGGGGGAGAGACCGAGAGGGUGGAGGCUGGGGGAUUGGUGGACUAUUUAUCUCUUCUUCUACCUUCCAUUUUUCCUUUUCUUUAUAUUGGUCAAGUGGUAAGCGGAAAUGGUGUAAGUGUAACGAUCCGGCCAUUUUAGUAUUACAGCAUGCAUCAGAAUAAAUUUGUUAAUCUUAUUAUUUCUAAUUCCCUGUAAAUCCAAAUGGAUGAAAUGAACUUUGUUAAGUUUGAACUCUGAAGUAGGGAAACAAGUUUAGCUCUA